AUGCUACAGUUGAUUCUCAUAACCACUAACACAGGUGUGAUAAAAUUCAAAAAGUCUUUAAUAACGGAUCUCGACCGUGAUAUAUUCCUGCGUCUAUCAAACCUCAUAGUCACAUUAUUUGUAAAAUCAAAACGAGAGGUUGAUCAUAAACUUUCAUAUUUUGAACUCAACAAUAGAGGAGUAACCAUAGAGGAAAAUACACAAAGCAAACUAUUAUGUAUUUUAAUGCAUGACAUUGCCGAUGGUUAUGAAUUUGCUAAACUCGUCGCAGAAGAACUUUUAGAUCGAUUCAUUGCCACCUUCCGAACUCCAUCUUCCAUCCCUAGCAAAACUCUUUAUUCAAAUUCAUUUAAGAAUCCCAAUGCUGCCAAUAACUCCAUUUCACUCAAUUCAACAACAGGAUCCAAUGGAUUACCAAAAGCAACUUCUCCACAAACACAAAAUGGAAUGAACUUGUUUGGUAGUAAUCAUAAAAGUCAAUUGUCAUCAUUUGAUGGAGAUGACUCGUCGGCAAGUAUUGACACAGUUCAAUCAUUUAAAACGAGUUCAGAUUUCAAUUCGAUGGAUCAAAUGACGAUUGAUGAUUGGAUGGAACAACAAGAAUAUGAUUUUAACAAUAUUAAUGUCGAUGAGAAAAUUUUUGAGGCCAAAUUAGCCGAAAUUUAUUUGGAACUUGUGUAUCCAAUUAUUGAACAUUUGGAUGGAGUUCGAGGAAUUUUAAAUUCUUGGCUCAUCGAAAGCGGAGACGAAGGAAUUUUAACAACAACCAAGCCACAACUCGAAGCAGAUUUAAAGUUUUUGGUCAAUAAUUGUGACCGAUUACUGAAUGGUGAAAUGCAAAAUUUAACCAUAAAAGGGAAUGGUAAAAAUCUACAAGUGGUCACUGUCGAACACAAGUGUCAUCUUGUAGUAUUAUUAGAGGCCAAUGUUCAACCAGAAAUUACAGGAUUCGCAAUUGAAAAAGCUGUCUUUUUGUUACGAAAAGUUUAUGCCCUCAGAAAGAAUAUAAAAAUCCAAUAA